AUGAGCAUUAUUUCUUUACGUAAAAUAAAUUUUGUACGAAUUUACAAGAGCCUAACAACUCCAUGUAUAUGGUCGAAGCAAAAAUUUCAUAUAAAAAACGCGUCAAUUUUAAGCCGCUCAGUUUCCAGCAAAAAAUCACUAGUUCAAAAGCAUAAAACCAUUGAAACAUUUCUCGCAAAAAAGGACCAGAACACAGAAGCAACAGUAUAUCACGGAACGUUAUACGAAUACGAGACGAUUAAAUGCCUUCGAGAAAUAUUUGGCAUUGAAACGCGUCGAUGUGGGGGGUCUAAUGAUCGAGGUAUUGACUUUCGCGGUCGAUGGACUCUUCCUGAUAAAACUAUAUUCUUAAUUGGACAAUGUAAAAAAGUUAUGGGUAAAUGUGCGCCCAGACAUGUUCGUGAAUUAGAGGGAUCGUUAAGUCACGAGUCGGCUCAAACAUUGGGAAUUAUGUCGUCUAAUGGCGGAUUUACGCCCCAAGCCAAAUUACAAUUCACCAUGUCACCAUGGCCAUUAGUAUUGAUGAUGGUAAGUCAAGAAGGGGAAUCAUGUGAUAUGUUUUUGAUGAAUCAAACGGCUGAGGAUCUUAUGGACGGGUUUAAAGUGACAAUGCAUUAUGAAGCUUAUCCUAAAGUUGAAGGUGUCAUGGUUAACCGCGCGAUGUUAGUAUAUAAAGGAAAGCCCUUCGAACCAAAAAAAGUAGUAGAUGAAAAUAUCGUAGCCAAAUUUGUAUAA